CCACAUCCAUAUCCGAAGCAAAUUCCCUCCUUCAUUCCCCACUUCCUUCUUUCCCUCGUUUUCUUCUCCCAAAUCAGAUCUCCCCAAACCCUCACUCUCCUUCAUCUCCCGAUUUCUUAAUUUCGAUUUUCAUCUUAUUCACAAGUGUCCCGGGAUCUAUUCCUUGGAAUUGUUGUCGACUGUGGACGAAAUUGAGAAUUACCUAGUUUUUGUUACGGCUUUUUUCGAGCUUGUUACAUCAUGCAACCGCCGGCGCCGUCGCAACAGCAGACUCCGAGGAAACAGUUGCCUUUCGGUUCUGUGAAGCCGGUGUUUGGCGGUGGGGGCGGAGAAGUGGGCGAUUACCAUCAUUUUGGCGCUGCCGAUGCUCGCCGUCACGGUCAGGAAUUCGAUGAGGCCAUCGUAGUGAAAACACCUCCCCCCUUAAAGCCAAAAGCUGGAACGGCUGAUUAUGAAGUGGAAUCUGUUGGUCCUCUUAAUUCUGCUGUCAUAAAAGGUUCCCUUCAGACACCACCAUCUGGAAAAUUGGGAAAAUCUCCAAGGGUUCCAAGGACAGGAAAGGCCAACAAAGGUGGAUCUCACAAUUCUCUAGCAAAUAUUGGUUCUCCUGGGAGCAAUAAUCUUACUCCUGCUGGUCCCUGUCGUUAUGAUAGUUCUUUAGGUCUAUUAACGAAGAAAUUCAUCAAUCUGAUUAAACAUGCUGAAGAUGGUGUUAUUGAUUUGAAUAAAGCUGCGGAUACUUUAGAGGUGCAAAAGAGGCGCAUAUAUGAUAUAACAAAUGUUCUUGAAGGCAUUGGUCUUAUAGAAAAGACACUCAAGAACAGAAUUCAGUGGAAAGGUGUAGAUGUCUCGAGAACAGGUGGAGCCGAGGAUAGUCUUCCAGGUCUUCAGGAUGAAGUAGAAAAUAUGAAAAUGGAGGAGCGCAGACUUGACGAUGAUAUAAGAGAAAUGCAGGAAAAGUUGAGGUGUCUCAGUGAAGAUGAAAACAAUCAAAAGUGGCUUUUUGUCACAGAAGAAGAUAUCAAAAAAUUACCUUGCUUCCAGAAUGAAACUCUGAUAGCAAUUAAAGCUCCCCAUGGCACUACUUUAGAGGUCCCUGACCCUGAUGAGGCUGUUGAUUAUCCACAGAGAAGGUACCGAAUAGUUCUUCGAAGCACCAUGGGACCCAUAGAUGUUUAUCUAGUGAGCCAAUUUGAGGAAAGUAUUGAGGAGAUUAAUGCUGCUGAGGCACAAGCACAAGCACGCAUUCCUGAACCACCCAAUGCAACUGUUGAUACUUGUGCACCAGCUACAGAACCAGAGACCAUGGGAAAUGAAAUUGUUGUGUCUGAAGUGGAACCUCAACGAAUGUUCUCAGAUGCAAGCACAUCACAGGAUUUCAUGGGCGGGAUUAUGAAGAUUGUGCCGGAAGUCCAUAAUGAUGCUGAUUACUGGCUAAUGUCUGACCCGGAUAUAAGCAUCACUGACAUGUGGAGACUCGAUGCUGGGAUCGACUGGAAUAGCUUAGAACCGAUGUCUGAAGACUACCCGAUGUCGGAAAUUGGUACUCCGCAGCCCCAAUCACCCCUGCCAAACACAAAUGCAGUCUCUGCUGUUACAACUCCACCAGCCCAUUCCCCGCCACCACCUACUACUGCAACGCCUCCUGUCACCAACGCCACCGGGCCUACUUAUAUCAGAUAAGUGCAGAGGCAAUCAAUCUCAGAAACUUUCCAAGUAGUGGAACUUGGCAAUUGUUCUGUACAGAGAGAGGUCUGCUUGGCAAGAGGAAAUAUGUGGCAAUAAAUAAAUUUAUAUGUUACGAAUUAAUGCUGUUUAGUAGUAUGUUGAUGACACGGGAUCUACUUGUAAUAUAAGAUAUAGAUAUAGAUAGAUAGAUUCACUAGUUGCUGGCUUAUGUUCUCUUCCAUUUAUCCCCUUCCCCCUCAACUGCUUCUGUAUAUUUAUUGCAACUUCUGUCUUUACUGCCUAUUGUUACUUCUUGGGUUC